AGGGCCUGAGCCUCCGCAGAGCCCAGAGUUCAGGGGGAAGAAAGGAGCCGCGGAUGUGAGUUUGCUUUGUCACUGCCUUCUGAGCGACUUUGGGCAAGUUACUUAUCUCUCCUGACCUCAGAUUUCUUGUCUAAUGUGGGAGGGAACCGAAGGUGGAUGACGCUCCGGGCAGCGGCGGAGAGCCGAGAUCACAGCGAGCGCCUGGGAACUUUGUCCGAAGCGCGGCGCGGGGACCGGGAGCGCAGGGCAGGGAGCUCCCUCUGCGGGAGCGCGGCGGCGGUGCUCCUCCUUUCGCCGCACGUCACCGGGGCCUCUCAGCGUUCUCCUACCCUGGGGCGUGAGAGAGAGGCUCCCUAGCAGGGCGACGGAGGGGCAGUGCGAGAGCAAGCCGCCGCGGAGAGCCUGGGAGCCCAGAGCGCAGCCUGCGGCCCCCGCCCGGGCGGCCUCCGCAGCCUCGCGGACCCGCGUUCGGGGCUGCCCCACUCCUCGUAAGUCGACUUGGCCACGCUGGCGAGCGAGGGUCGCCCGGGGCUGGAGAUGUCAGCCUGGUCUCAGCCUCGUCUCCGCCGGGGGGUGGGCGGGACGCCCAGACCCUCUGCUCCUCACGACUUUCGUUUUCCCGCCGGGGAAAACUUCGGCGCCGCGUCCCUCUCCAGGCGGCAGGCGGGGGCGCCCUCCCGGAGCCGCGCGGGGACCCGGGCUGAACCCCGGCCUCUCUCCGCGCCUGCGGGAGCCCCGGGGCCGACCAGAGCGCGCGGCGGGCGGACACAGCGUCGCGGGCCAGAAUGAAGAUAUUCAAAUGUUAUUUUAAACAUACCCUACAGCAGAAAGUUUUCAUCCUGUUUUUAACCCUAUGGCUGCUCUCCUUGUUAAAGCUUCUAAACGUGAGACGGCUCUUUCCGCAAAAAGACAUUUACUUGGUUGAGUACUCCCUAAGCACUUCGCCUUUUGUAAGAAACAGAUACACUCAUGUUAAGGAUGAAGUCAGGUAUGAAGUUAACUGUUCGGGUAUCUAUGAACAGGAGCCUUUGGAAAUUGGUAAGACUCUGGAAAUAAGAAGAAGGGACAUCAUUGACUUGGAGGAUGAUGAUGUUGUGGCAAUGACUAGUGAUUGUGACAUUUAUCAGACUCUAAGAGGUUAUGCUCAAAAGCUUGUUUCAAAGGAAGAGAAAAGCUUCCCAAUAGCCUAUUCUUUGGUUGUCCACAAAGAUGCAAUUAUGGUUGAAAGGCUUAUCCAUGCUAUAUACAACCAGCACAAUAUUUACUGCAUCCAUUAUGAUCGUAAGGCACCUGAUUCCUUCAAAGUUGCCAUGAACAAUUUAGCUAAGUGCUUCGCCAAUAUUUUCAUUGCUUCUAAAUUAGAGGCUGUGGAAUAUGCCCACAUUUCCAGACUCCAAGCUGAUUUAAAUUGCUUGUCGGACCUUCUGAAGUCUUCAGUCCAGUGGAAAUAUGUUAUCAACCUGUGUGGGCAAGAUUUUCCCCUGAAGUCAAAUUUUGAAUUAGUGUCAGAGUUGAAAAAACUCAAUGGAGCAAAUAUGUUGGAGACAGUGAAACCCCCGAACAGUAAAUUGGAAAGAUUCACUUACCAUCACGAACUCAGACGGGUGCCUUAUGAGUAUGUGAAGCUACCAGUAAAGACAAACGUCUCCAAGGAAGCACCCCCCCAUAACAUUCAGAUAUUUGUUGGCAGUGCUUAUUUUGUUUUAAGUCAAGCAUUUGUUAAAUAUAUUUUCAACAACUCCGUCAUUCAAGACUUUUUUGCCUGGUCUAAAGACACAUACUCUCCUGAUGAGCACUUUUGGGCUACCUUGAUUCGGGUUCCAGGAAUUCCUGGGGAGAUUUCCAGAUCAGCCCAGGAUGUGUCUGAUCUGCAGAGUAAGACCCGCCUUGUCAAGUGGAAUUACUACGAAGGCUUUUUCUAUCCCGGUUGUACUGGUUCUCACCUUCGAAGCGUGUGUAUUUAUGGAGCUGCAGAAUUAAGGUGGCUUAUCAAAGAUGGACAUUGGUUUGCUAAUAAAUUUGAUUCUAAAGUGGACCCUAUCUUGAUUAAAUGCUUGGCAGAAAAGCUUGAAGAACAACAGAGAGACUGGAUCACUUUGUCCUCAGAAAAGUUAUUUAUGGAUAGAAAUCUCACAACCACAUCAUGAUAGUGAAAUCAGGAUGGAAAUAAGAGGGUAUGUGAUAAAUUGAGUCAGUAUGGAAUUGAACACUAUACUAUGCCCAAUGCUGUUUAAACUCAGUCCUCCCAUACUUUAAAAGGUGUCCAAAGUUCCAUGCAGAAGGUAAAUUGAGCUAGCCAUUGAUGAUACUAGCCUGCAGUUGGCUAGGUUUUUUUAAUGUUUGUUUUUGCUUGUAAUCUCAUUGAGCUAAGUUAGAGAUCUUAAACAUUCAGUUAGUCCUCAAACAUUAUUGAGCACCUAACUGUAUGACAAGCACUUUUUUAGAGACUGUGGCUUAUCCUCAUCAUGGCAAUCUUGAUAUCUUUAAGUUCUCCACAUAACAGUCAGGAUUCUACUGAAGUGGUAAUCAUCCGAUCAUAUAAACCACCCAUUUCAGAGUAGUGUUUAAGUACUGUGACCAACAUUCCACUUGUCUCUUAACUCAGCUUCCAAGACAUUUCUUAACCAUUAGAGCAGAGGAGGAAAGACUCACUACCUCAGAAAAAUCUCAAAGAAUAGUCCAAUUUCCUGCUUGCCAAAGCAUAAUCUGCCUUUUGGUGCAUUACUUGGUCAAUUCAGGGUUGAGGAGACUGUUGGGGGGCAUUUAUAGUGUAUGAAAGUUAAGGAAGGGGGUGAGGAUAUGGGUUGGGACAGGUAAUACCUAAAGAGGAGCGAAGGGAUUUAUACAACAUUUUUAUCAUGUUACAAAACAGUAUCAUGAAUGGCCUCCUUUUUAGUUCAACUAUUUCUUUAAAAUACAUUUACUGAUUAAAAAUAAGAACUGGCCAAUAGCUCCAAGUGUCACACACCAGAACAUUAAGCCUAAGUCUUCAAUUCAUAAGUUAUCAUUCUAGAUAAGUUUCUUUACAAUGGAAUACUUUCUAUGGAAUCAUUAUAGUUCUGUUUUAUGGAACUAUCAAGCUAAGAAUCACUAAACUUUCUUGAAAAGGUUGUGUGAAAUAUGACAGCUUUCUAGAUUAAUUGUUAUAGUCAUUUAAAAUUUUUUCUUCUCUGGCAACUGCCCAACUGGAAUCCAGAUUUAAAGCGAUAAAAGCUCUAAGUUUCUUGCAGUCUUUUUCUCAGCUUAGUUCCAGAGGAAAAAAAAAGGCUAAUUGUCCUAAAGACACAGCAAGAAUAUUCAUUAAGGAUAUUUUCUAAACCCCACACUUGAGAAAACCACCAUAUGAGUAAUAUAUAUAUAUAUAUAUAUACACACACACACACACACACAUACAUACAUGUGUGUAAUGGAAUUGUUCUAAAAGUAAAAUGUGGUAAGAAUAGGGUUCUGAGAAUAGGUGAGAACAUUUUCACUAGUCUCUUGGGAAAUUGUAGAACUCAUGUAAAAAUUUCUUGGUCAUCAUAUGUCUCAAUGGCAGCCUCAGUAAAUAAAGAUGUAGCCUCAGAUAUUAAUUUAAAGAUGUAGUAAAUCAAGGCCAAAAUAGGACAAUUUGGAAGAUUUAAGUAUUACAUAUUUUGAAAUGUCUGUGUUCUAAAUGUGAAAUGCACUUUGCUCAUUUUAAAGUUCAUAAUACUAAUUGCCAACUGACACCACUUCUCGUUCCCUUUCUUCUCUUGAACUCAUUUUUCUCCCUUUUUAUUUACCCCCUUCAAUUACUUCAUUCUUCAGAAAUAACUAUUUCCAAGCCCCAUUCUUCAGAGUAAGUAAACAUUGUAUAGAGCUAAGUUCUGCAAAAGAUCCGUACCAGUUCACUCGUGUGUGACUGUGAAUAGGUAAGUCACUUUGGACUCUCUGAACCUCAGUUUUCCAGAUAUUUGAAAUGAGCACUUGGAUGCCUAUCCUUGCUUCUUCCACACAAGUUUUGGGGUUUUGUGUGUGUGUGUGAGAAUCGACUGAAAUAGUAUAUGAAGUGGUAUGAAAAUAGGCACAAACUAUUGACAUUUCAAUGUCAGAGAGUGAUACCUGUAGGAGUAUAAGGCAAACAAAGGUCCAACCCCAUUGAAAGACUUAAACAUUUACCUUUUCUGAAAAAUUGUUGAAAUAUAAAAAGAGGCCCCAGUCACAGGGGCAACUUCUGUAACCAAAUCCAGAUCUGAGGAAACUCCUGUAACCCCAUUUAGGGUUUCUUUCUAAGCCAAUAGGGUUACAGGUUGGUACAGUGACUUACAUUGAGAAUUGGGCUACAGAUACUUUUCCCACCAUCUAGGAUGAAAUACAUGAGAUCCUGUUGAAAUCUUGGUUUUUAUGGCUUUGGUCAUCAGAAUAAAUGUAAAUGCUGAAAAACAAAUAACCUCCUGAUCCAGUGUCUUGCCUCCUGGUGAGAACAUAUUCUAUCCCCUGUUUAUUGGGAAAUUUCUGAAGUUGUUCAUCACUUAAAUGCCAUAUUCAAAGGAAACAUGGAAGGAUGAAGCGGAGACAGUGCCUUUGAGACAUUUACACAUUUCUCUGGACUCAGCCUGUUAACAUUUCAGGGAGCUUGUCAGAUCACACCUUUUUGCCUUGGAAAUCCUACAGAUUUCCUGUACGCCUUCAUAUCUGAUUCUUCCCUAAAACCUUUGGGUAUGAUUUCCUCCCUGGUCUUGAGAAUGUCCUGCAGUCUGUGUUUUAUAAUUAUUCUUCAUAUUUAUUGAAUCUAGACUUUAAGUUAUUCAGAGAUCAGACCAGAACCUUAGAGUUUCUGAAUUGUAUGUGGAUAUUAAACAAUAUUAAUAAUGAAAGAACUACCCAAACAGUCUAUAUUGUGUGAACAAUCUCUUGUGAUAUUAGACGUAUUUAAAGACCAGUGUUGCUGCUAUUUUUAAUAUUUUGGUUAAUUUAAGUGAAAUGUACAUACUUAAAUUUGAAGAUUUAUCUUGCCUUUCAGAAUGUGAAGAAUAAAAAUGAUAAUCCACUUUGUGAAUGUAAGUGAAUGUAUUCUUAUGUAUGUUAUUAUAAAUGAUUUUUGUUUGCAUUGAUGAUGAAAUGAGAGUUUUGGGGGCUUUUUAUACAUUUAUAUUGACUGGUCUCUAAAUCUCCUACUAUGUUUUCUUAUCAUUUUUGAAAUACAGUUCCCAUUAUGAGCGUUUUAAAUAGAUUGGUGUUUCAUUUUGUAUUAUGCUACUAUUAGAUGUUGAUUCUCUGGUAUUGUAAAAUAAAAUAUGCUCCAAAAACCCAAA